CAUGCUGCUAGUCCAGACGCGACCGGACCAGUUUGGACUGUACUCCCCAGUGCAACUCUCCAUCUGUUCCCAUCCAAAUUUGCACAUAGGCUUAUGUUUUUUUAACAUUAAAAAAUAGGUUUUAUUUGGUGGACUUUGCUCAGUGUGAUUAAUCCCUUCCGUGAAUUGGGGCACGGUAGAAAAACUCGCCGCCUUGCCAUCUCUCUCUUUCACGUGCACAGAAGCAUCCAUUUGGGAACAGGUUGCACGAGAGGUUAUUUUUACCCCGUCGUUUUUUCUAAUAUUUUUUGGGGGGUGCACAAUUUUUUUGCAACAAUGGCUGACAGUAAUGCAGAAUGUAAUAUCAAGGUAUUGUGUCGUUUUCGUCCACUCAACCAGUCGGAAAUCCUCCGUGGAGAUAAGUUCAUCCCAUUAUUUCAAGGGGAGGACACCGUUAUCCUUGGGGGGAGGCCCUACGUCUUUGACCAAGUGUUCCCCACCCACGCCACGCAGGAGCAGGUCUACAACACCUGUGCCAAACAUAUUGUCAAAGAUGUUCUCGAAGGAUACAACGGCACUAUCUUUGCCUAUGGCCAGACAUCCUCCGGGAAGACGCACACAAUGGAGGGAAACCUCCACGACCCCCAAGGAAUGGGCAUCAUUCCCCGCAUUGCUGAAGACAUUUUUGAACACAUAUUUGCCAUGGAUGAGAAUCUCGAAUUUCAUAUCAAGGUAUCCUACUUUGAGAUCUACAUGGAUAAAAUUCGUGACCUUCUGGACGUUACAAAAACCAACCUGUCAGUGCAUGAAGAUAAACACAGAGUUCCUUACGUGAAGGGAUGCACAGAGCGUUUUGUCACAAGUCCCGACGAGGUGAUGGACGUGAUAGACGAGGGCAAGGUGAACCGCCAUGUCGCUGUCACCAACAUGAACGAGCACAGUUCCCGCAGUCACAGCAUCUUCCUGAUCAGCAUCAAACAAGAGAAUGUGGAGACUGAGCAGAAGCUGAGCGGGAAGCUUUACCUGGUGGACCUGGCUGGGAGUGAGAAGGUCAGCAAGACGGGCGCAGAGGGAGCGGUGCUGGACGAGGCCAAGAACAUCAACAAGUCCUUGUCAGCCCUUGGCAACGUCAUAUCAGCUUUGGCUGAAGGAACGAAGUCCCACGUGCCGUACCGUGACAGCAAAAUGACACGGAUCUUACAGGACUCUCUGGGGGGGAACUGUCGUACCACCAUGUUUAUCUGCUGCUCCCCCUCCAGCUACAAUGACACAGAGACCAGGUCCACGCUCAUGUUUGGCCAAAGAGCAAAGACCAUCCGAAACACUGUGACAGUGAAUCUGGAGCUCACAGCCGAGCAGUGGAAGAGGAAGUACGAGAAGGAGAAGGAGAAGAACAGGUCACUUAAGGAAACUGUGCAGAGGCUGGAGGCUGAGCUUGGCUGCUGGAGGAAUGGUGAGGUUUCAACAGUGUUGGAUCAUGAGGAUCAAAGGUCAGAGGAGGAGGCAGACCUCAUGCUGCCGUCACCCGACUCGGAGGAGCCGGUGCUGGAUAUCUGCAGCCCUUGCUCCCUCGCGUCCUCCAUCGUGGUGCACAUCUCGGAGGAGGAGCGUCACAAGUACGAGGAGGAGAUCCGGAAGCUUUACAAACAGCUGGAUGACAAGGAUGCUGAGAUAGACUACCAGAGCCAGAUGGUGGAGAAGCUGAAGGAGCAGAUGCUGAAGCAAGAGGAGUUCCUGGCGUCCUCCAGGGGUGAUGGUGAGAGGGUACAGUCGGAGCUGGGCAGGCUGCAAACGGAGAACGAGUGUGCCAAGGCGGAGGUGAAGGAGGUCCUGCAGGCCCUGGAGGAGCUCGCGGUCAACUUUGACCAGAAAAGCCUGGAAGUGGAAGAGAAGAGCGUGCAGAACAAGCUGCUGGCUGAGGAGCUCACCAAGAAAAUGGCUCGCCUCAUGGCGUUGGAGACGGAGCUUUCCCGCAUCCAGGAGGCAAGCCGCCACCAGAGGAAGCGCAUUGCAGAGGUCCUCAACGGACUGAUGCGGGACCUGAGCGAGUUCAGUGCCAUAUUGGGCAACAGGGACAUCCAACUGUCCAUUGAGAUCAAAGGCGUUAUCGAGGAAGAGUUCACGGUGGCGCGGCUCUACAUCAGCAAGCUUAAGUCAGAGGUGAAGUCCAUGGUGAAGCGCUGCCGCCACCUGGAGAACCUUCAGGCAGAGUGUCACCGCAAGAUGGAGGAGACAGGUCGAGAGAUGUCCUCCUGCCACCUCCUCAUUGCGCAGCACGAGGCCAAGAUUCGCUCGCUGACGGAAUACGCUCAAGACGUGGAGCUGAAGAGGAGACAGUUGGAGGAAAGCUGCGAUUCUCUGAAAGAGGAGCUGUCCAAAGUCCAAGCUGGAGAGACCAUUUCACAGUUGGCUAGGAGGGAGAAUCACUCGCUGCAGGAAUCCUUUGACAUCCAGAAGUCUCUGGAGGAGCAGAUGGAGUCGCACCGCGCAACGCACAGCGAACAGAUCGGCUGUCUGCGAGACAAGAUCAGUGAGCAGCAGAGGAUCAUCAACGACUUAACAGACUUUAACCAGAAACAAGAGCUGGAGCUGGAGCAACUUCACGGAGACUAUGAACGUCUCCUGAGCCGAGAGCAUCAAACGAGUCGACAGCUGGAGGAACUGACAUUUCUCCACGAACGACAUGAGCAGUCAAAGCAGGAUCUCAAGGGACUGGAAGAAACGGUCGCUCGUGAGCUACACACCCUCCACAACCUGCGCAGGCUGUUUGUCCAAGACCUUACCACUCGAGUUAGAAAAAGUGCAGAGCUGGAGCCUGAUGAUAGCGGAGGAUACAUCACCCAAAAGCAGAAGAUUUCCUUUCUUGAGAACAACUUGGACCAGCUUACAAAAGUUCACAAGCAGCUGGUACGUGACAAUGCAGACCUUCGCUGUGAGCUUCCGAAACUGGAGAAACGUUUACGGUCUACAGCUGAGAGAGUCAAGGCACUGGAGGGUGCGUUGAAGGAGGCUAAAGAGGGCGCCAUGAAAGAUCGACACCGUUACCAGCAGGAGGUGGAGCGUAUCAAAGAUGUUAUGAGAGUGCGAAAUCCCUUCCGUCGCCCUCACGCCGCACACAUAGCCAAGCCUGUGCGUCCUGGCCACCCCUCCCCCACUCACACCGUUUUCAUCCGAGGCUACAACGAUCACCCGGUUGCUCUGCCUGAUGUUCCUCACGAAGACGCACAAAUUCCACAAACUGAUGCUGCUGCUCCACCACUGGAAAGCGAACGUACUGCACCUGAAACCAACCAGAACCGGCCCACCAAGCACUUGGACCACCAGAACAAUGCACAGAACACGCCCCCUGCAAGCCAAAACGACACCGCAGAGAUGCUUGAUUCGGAAAAUGGAAACACCACAGACAUCAAUGACAACAGCAUGUGUUUGAAUGUCAACGCCGUGUCCUCAACUGACAUAUGUGACAACCGGGACCCGUCCAAAUUCAGCAGCUUGCACUCGGAGGCCACCGCCAGCUAAUACAAAAGUCAGGUAGGCUCACCUUUUACUUAACUCUCCAAAUCUGUAUGCAGACGAUCAGCCAUCUUUGUAGCUUCAUUGUCACCUGCUGUAAACGCACCUCCAUCUUCCUUGGCGUCGCCUUCCUUCCCCCCUGCUGCUUCUUCUUCCUCCGUUACUUCCUUCCUGUGUGACAUGGCUGAGAGCGCUGCAGGUGACCACUGAACAGUGCAGCUUUGUAUAUUAUUAUUAUUAUUAUUUAUGUGUUUAUGUGUUUUUAUUAAGUAUUUCAUACUUAUUUUUUGCUAACCUCAUCUAACCAAUGUGUUAAUACAGUAUGUGCUGUACUUGUGUGUCCCUCAACCAAACCUGUUAUAGAUUAUACUCAAAACAUAUAUAUAUAUUACAAAAUGAUAUUUUUCAAUCUAAAAAAAGUAUAAAAGAUAAAUAUUGUCCCUCCACUGCUAGAGUGUGUCUCUCCGGUAAAAGGUUGCUCAUACUUGAGUAAAUUAUGCAUCUGUUGGAGUCUAUUUUUAGCCUUGAAUGAAUGCACAUUUUAGUGAAUAUUCCCACCAGAGUGUGUGUGUGUGUGUGUGUACCGUCUGUGUUUAUAGUAGCUUGUCAGGGGGAUGCCAGGUUCAACACUCACCUCCGCCAAGUGUCAAUCACAGAUGAUGUUUACAGCCGACAUGUAUUACUCUAACUGAUGGAACAGUGAGAGAAAAACAUAUUUACAGUUGAAUUCAACACGGUAUUCCCGCUACAUUAUGACGCUAUGUUCAUUACUUUAAAAAAAUAAUAAUAAUAAUUAGUCAAAGCCGCUGCAGCAUCAAUUGCCAAAUGAUUUUCUCAACUACUUGUUGCUAGGCUGAUAUUUUUGGAUACAAUCCUUGUGUACUAAUAGCAAAAUUGGCAUACUCUAGUCUCACCGACUACAGGUCAAUUUACAUUUAUUGUAAACAGUAUAAUUCAAUUUUUUUUCAAAUGGUACUCAGGCCUCAUUUUUAUGGUUAUGGUUUAAUUUCAUUUGAACAUGCACCAGAUUACAAUUAAAUGCAUCCCAUAAUCAGUUCACAGUUCCACAUGUCCAAAAGGAGUAGGAAGAAGCAAAGCUUAUUAAAUCCUACCCCUCCAUCUGGUACUUUUACAAUCAGUAACUGUUACAUUUGUUCACUUCCUGCUUUCGUUAUAUAAUUUAAUUAUUUUUUUUAAUUAUUAUUAUUUUAUUUUAUUUUUCAUUUAUUUUUGUCACAUACCUAAGUACGAGGUGAUAUGAUCACACAAUGACAUUUUUAUGUACAGUUGACAGUUGAUGCCUGAAUAUUCGCAAUUUAGCAUUUGUGACCCCGCAAAAUUCAACUUUUUUUUCUGAAAAUAUCCAAUUUUUCUGCAGUUUUAUCUAUCUUAAGUCGGUAAUAAUCUAAAAAUACGUGAAAGUCAAGCAGAAAAUGUACGGCAUAAUAGACAAUUCGCAAUUUAGCAUUUGUGACCCCGCAAAUUCAACUUUUUUUUCUGAAAAUAUCCAAUUUUUCUGCAGUCUUAUUUAUCUUAAGUCGGUAAUAAUCUAAAAAUACGUGAAAGUCAAGCAGAAAAUGUACGGCAUAAUAGACAAUUUGCAGUACAGCAUACAUGUAUGUAUGUAGUGCAAGAUGGUGGCGUCCUGUAUACGCUUUAGAGAGCGAUGGAAGCAUGAUUGUAGCUAAAGGCAAGACUGACUCUGAUUCCAUCCGUACUAUCAGUCAUCUUACAUUGUCAUUCAUUAGUGAGUAUGUAGACGUUUUAUACUUUGUGUUUCAUAAGUGUGGGGCAGGCGGCACGGCGGUCGAGUGGUUAGCGCGCAGACCUCCUCGUGCAUGCGUGGGUUUUCUCCGGGUACUCCGGUUUCCUCCCACAUUCCAAAAACAUGCUAGGUUAAUUGGCCACUCCAAAUUGUCCAUAGGUAUGAAUGUGAGUGUGAAUGGUUGUUUGUCUAUAUGUGCCCUGUGAUUGGCCUCUCGCCCGAAGACAGCAGGGAUAGGCUCCAGCACCCCCGCUUUCCUCGUGAGGAAAAGCGUUAGAAAAUGAAUGAAUGAAUGAAUGAAUGAAAGUGUGGGGCAGUGUCCCAAGUGAACAAUGGCAAUUGAAGAGAGUACUUUUAUUGCAAAUAUUUGAAAUCUGAGCAGAACAUCAACAUCAAUCGCGCAGGAGGGUUUGGAAGGUAUUGACUUUGGUUUGCAUGGGGGAAAAAAAUAUGUCUGGCAACUAUUUUUAUAUGUGUAUUACUCCCAGCUUGAGAGAAAAUCUAUAUUUAAUUUAUUUAGCUACUGUAUAAUGAUCAGCCGCUGUUGAAUGUGCCACAUUUACGGUAUUUGAAUAGUUUAGCAUCGCACUUUUAUUUAUGAGGAGAAAAAGACUUGAAGCCAAAGUCCCGGAUGGAUGAAACUUUAGGUUAGUGGAGGUUAUCGAGAACAUCUUAUCGCUCAUCACACGUAUAUGACCUCAUCUGACAGUCAGGUGACCUCUGACCUCAAAUACAAGUUCACUGGUUAUCUGGGAGGAUCGAUGCAAUGAUUGAUUACUGUCACUCGUCACACGCUCUCUUUGACCCUCCUGAUCAGCCAGUCAGGAAGAGAGCCUGUGGCUGUGUGUGUGUGUGUUUGUGUUUAUAUUGAAUUAAUAAUACAGAAGCACUCUAAUGCUUAUCAAUCUGUCUUAUCCUUUAAUUCUCUCUUCCUUCUGACUCGUGAGGCUUAAAUAUGCAUGAAGCACUUUAUUAUGUUGUGUUUGUGACUCUCUUGUUAGCCUUUACACUGUGUUCCCAAAUGAUGCGCCUCUUUGUUUUCUUUCUGGUUUAAAAGUGUCACUGAAUUUAAACUUAGCAAUCUUGGUUACACAACCUAAAGAAACCACAUCUUGUCAAUGAAAAAAAAAAACUAAUAAAUGAUGACGCACUGUGAUUGUAAAACUGUGCAGUGUGUGUAAUUCCAUUGAAUCUAUCUGGAAAAUAUUGCAACAGAGUAGCUGAGAUGUUCUCCUGUAGCUCAAAUAUGCAGAAAUAGAAGAAUGUUGGUUGGGGGAAGUGCAAAAAAAAACAAACAAAAAAAAUAUUUGUAUAACUGUGUAUUGUUGUGCAUGCUGUACUUGCCCUGUGUAGCGGCUGAGAAACACACUUCUCAUGAAAACUCCUUUCAAUAAAGAAGACUGUAAGAGAAAUGUUGAUGUG